AUGUACUUCUUCCUCGGCCACCUCUCUGUCCUGGAGAUCCUGGUCACCACCACAAUUGUCCCUGUGAUGCUUUGAGAAUUGCCUCCUGGGGUGCAGACAAUGUCUUUGACUGCAUGCGCUACCCAGCUCUCCCUGUACCUUGCUGUGGGGACCACAGAGUUUGCAUUACUUGGAGCAAUGGCUGUGGACCGUUAUGUGGCUGUGUGCAACCCUUUGAGGUACAACAUCAUUAUGAACAGCCAGCACACCUGCAACUUUGUGGUAGUUGUGUCAUGGGUAUUUGGGUUCCUUUUUGAAAUCCAGCCUGUCUAUGCCACGUUUCAGCUUACAUUCUGCAAAUCAGAUCUGUUAGGUCAUUUUUACUGUGACCGAGGGCAAUUGCUAAAGCUAUCCUGUGAUGACACUCAUUUCACAGAGUUUAUUCUAUUUUUAAUGGCUGUUUUUAUUAUCAUUGGUUCUUUGAUCCCUACAAUUAUCUCCUACACCUACAUCAUUUCCACCAUCCUCAAGAUCCACUCAGCCUCUGGCCAGAGGAAAGGGUUUUCCACCUGUGCCUCCCACUUCACCUGUGUCAGGAUCAGGUAUAGCAGCUGCUUUUUCCUCUGUGUGAAACCCGAGCAAACACAGGCAGCUGAGUACAAUAGGACAGUUUCCCUGUUGGUUUCUAUGCUAACCCCUUUCCCAAACCCUUUCAUCUUUAUUCUCUGGAAUGACAAAGUCAAAGAGGUCCUUCAAGAUGGAGAGAAAGGCUGUUUGCAAACUCGUCAAAGACUAGCUUUUCUUGAGGUCAGUCUCAGGGGGUCAUAUCAUCCUGGCCUCUUUGCUAUUGAAAAGUAA